ACUUGAUGUUGAUACUUGAUAGUUGUGAAACAAAUUAUUGUACAGUUUUGAUUUACUGUUUCAUAAAAUUAUCAUUAUAGAAGUAUUGUUUUAAUGAAACUAAUUCUGUCAUUGAAUCGAGCAAGUUAAAAUGGAAUCACCUUUACAAAAAGUUUGUAUUUGUUGCCACGAAGAAAGAGAAAAUCUUAAAAGCCUUUUGAACUGCAAUUUUACGUAUAUUUUGAACUGUCUUGUUAAUAAUGGGUUGGCAUUUGAAAAUUAUAAUAUUUGCGAUGUGUGUCACAUAACGCUGAAAAAAAUAAACAAAUUCAAAAACUAUGUUGAGGAAAACAACAAAUUACUGAACGAAAAACUUGCAAAUAAUCAUAUAAAAUUCACAAAUCUACAUAAAUGUCAAACAUCAAAUAUCGAAUUAAUAUGGACGACCAUAGACGGAAAACUAGAGCACGAAAUAAAAGAAGCAUUUGAUGAUUUAAAUAUCGAAGUUAAAGUCGAGAAUGACAAUGACAGCGAUUUGAAAAUGGAACCGUUUGAAGUACCGACCAUAGACAACGAGAAUUUGAAAGCGUUGCCAGUUAUUAAAAAGAAACCUCUCACGCAGUUUCAAGCGAAUUAUGAGGGGAAAAUUAAUAUUCUUACGAUAUCUAUGGAAGACUUAAUAAAUGAAAGAAUGGAGGAAGCAAAGAAUAAGAAAUAUUUACAAUUGCCAUAUAAAUGUACUGAUUGUAUAGUGGCGUUUGAAUUUGAAGAUACUUUCAAGGAACAUAGGGAUAAGAAACAUAAUGUGACUGAACGCAGUAUCGUAUGUACGAUCUGCAAGUCAGCAUUUAGCAGCCAAAUGUCUUAUAAUGAUCACUGGAAACGGCAUAUGACAAGAUACGAAUGCGCUGUGUGUGGCAAACGCAAUAAGAAUAUUCCCCCAAUUCUGGGGCAUUAUAACGAGGUACAUGUCAACAUUCCCAUUGAGUAUUCGUGUAAAUUAUGCGACUAUAGAACUAAUUCGAUUCGUAGUUACCGAUACCACUUGGACAAGCAUAGAACUGGAAAUGUGCAAUGCAAAGAGUGUGGCAACAUUUUUGUUCACGCUUCAGGAUUGAAGACUCAUAUUCGAACAGUCCACAAAGCCAUCGCCCACCUACACAAAUGUGAUGUGUGCGGAAAGUCCUACAAACGUCGGAGCGCACUCUAUACACACAAACAGACACACACACAAACCGGCGCGUACUGUGUCUCGUGUGAUCUAACAUUUAAAACUCAAUCUACAUUGAUACAACACUUGAAAAUGAGUUCUAAACAUGUUAGCGAUGAUUUAAAGAGAUUCACAUGCGACGAAUGCGGUAAGAAAUUCCUCACGAAAUCAUCUCUAGUGAACCACAUCGAAUUUGAUCACUUGAAGAGCCGCAAGUAUUCUUGUGAUAAGUGCUCUAAGGUGUUCAAAUAUAAGAAUGGUUUGAAACGUCACAUGCUGUCCGUGCACGAAAACGUUCGUCCGCCGAGAAACAAAAUUUGCGAUCAGUGUGGUCGGGGAUUUACUUCAACAUCGAUACUAAAAACUCAUAUUCGCACGCACACGGGCGAGAGGCCGCUCCACUGCCCGCUCUGUCCCGCGACGUUCGCGCAUUCGGGCGCGCUCUAUACGCACAAUAAGCUGCUGCAUCAGCCGAAACGGAAGACUUGAUGAAUAAAAUGAUUGAAUUUA